CGGCGCCGACCAAUCAGAGCGCGGGGUGGUGAUGACGACACCCCGGGAUUCCGCGAAAGUGCCUCUUUCAGGAGAGAAACGGCAGUGGCCAGAAAGUUGACGCAGUUAUGAGGCGAGGCGGCGCGCGGCGGCACGACUUCGGGACCUCUGCCCUAAACCGAGAGACCGACCCCUGAACCGAGUCAGGCCGAGCCCGGGUACGCUAACUCGGCCCCGUCACGAACAGAACCGAACUCGGCACCGCGUUUUCGGCUUUUCUCGGCCGUCUUCGUCUGAGCAGCGGAGAGAACUCGGAGCGCUGCUGUUUGUCUGCGCGUCUUUACGGAACACAGGACUGCGCUCGGGAGCGAUGACGGAGCUCGCCACGUGUCUGGUGUCCGGCGGCGGCGAGGAGGACGCGGCCAAGGAGAGCCAGGAGAGCCGCACGCUGCUGAUGGUUGCGCGGAUCCUGCUGGAGCUCAACCGGUGCGGCGCGGGCACGGCGGAGCCCAAGCGCGUGCUCCACUCGGGCUCGCGCCGGAGCCAGGCUCGCGCUCCCGCUGAAAAGCGGCACCGCUGCCCGCAGGCGGGCUGCGGGAAAGUCUACGGCAAGUCCUCCCACCUGAAGGCACACCUGCGCGUGCAUACAGGCGAGAGGCCUUUCCAGUGCACCUGGCCCGACUGCGCCAAGAAGUUCUCUCGCUCGGACGAGCUGACGCGUCACUUCCGCACGCACACGGGCGAGAAGCGCUUCGCCUGCCCGCUCUGCACCAAGUGCUUCAUGAGGAGCGACCACCUGAGCAAACACGCCCGCCGGCACGACGGCUUCCACCCCGCCAUGCUGCGCAACCCGCACGGGAGGAGACGGCACUCGUCCACCUCCACCUCGUCCUCCGGCUCCGGGGACGCCGAGGGCGUUUGAGCGGCGCCGAAACUUCACCCACACCGUCUGAUCUCCAAAUCAUCCUCCUCGCAGAACACUAAGUGUGUAUGACGUGUAUGUCACAGGGUCUUCAACGUACAGUGGCGCCGACGCCGACUGCCGCUAGUCUGAGCUGGCGAGCCAGCCAUCUCGCUCAGACUUCAACACAGCAGAAAGAAACUCUCUUGCACAUAUAAUCAGCUACACGAGCAGCACAGACAUGUAAAUAUGGUUACUUGAACGUCAGCUAUAAUGAUCCAGUGGUAGUUGUGGCGAUGCUAAUAGUGGGGAUGGUUUCUUGCUGUUUAAAGGAAAAUCGCAAAAAAAACGUUUAUCUUUUUAAAGUGUUCAAAAAAUGAUGUUUUUUAGUGAAAUGCUAUGAACUCCCAUAGACUACAAUCUACGUGGAACACAAGCUAAAUAGGGUCAUUUUUGGCCAAUGACCAUUUUAUGCUAAACUAAACUAUAGGGAAAUACAUUCAAAUAAGCUUUCAAUAGUUACCAGCCAACCUGAGGAGGCCACAUUGCUAGACUUGUGGUAGUAUACGAACACUUGAGUGCAGCUAAUAUCAAAGUGGGAGCCUUUGGGCGGCUAUAUAACAUCAUUUUUAAAACAUUUUGAGUUUUCCUUUAAUCGGGACUCCAAUGAUGUUCCAAAUGUUCUGCGUAAUUAAGUGUUUAAGAUGCCAUCAGCCAUUAAGAGUGGCUUGAUGUGAAAUGUACCAUUCUAACGUUCACAGUGGAGGUGAUAGGAAGCAGAUGUCAAACAGCGCCUAUAAAAGCUCCUUCACAGAAAGUUAAACACAACAUCUCUCAGACAUUGUUUUGAGUUUGAGGUAAGAUUUUGGCCUGAAAUCCAUUGAAGAUGGAAGGAUACGUGGCGUUUUAAGGUAAAAUAGUCCCCAAAAAGACCUUAUUUUUCAGGUUUACUGCUAUUUUGCCAUCAGCAUUACAUAUAGAAGCUUAGACGACACAUGUAGUUGGUUUUGGAGAGUAAAUAAGUGGCUGUAUUUGCAUUAAAUGUGUUGUGACCCCUGGUUCCCAUCACCACCACUGUAAACAAACCCGAGUUGGUUAGCAUUUUAAAUCAAACCACUCAGAAAGACUUUGUUUACGUCUCAAAGACUGAAUUACGCAGAAAUGUUGGUGGAAUUCCCAUUUAAGAGAAUCAGGGACCUUAACAGAACGACCUUGAGUGGUCUGUAAGUCAGUAAAAUGGACAUGGGACUUUUAUAGGAACACCAUAAUCUGGGCUAUCUCUGAGAUUCCCUGUGAUUAGCGUAAAAUAGCUAAAGUUUGCUAACAAAUAGAGACUACCUAACGGGCAGCGGCUGCCUUCGGUGUCAAAAUGACACGAAUCUGGCCGUUCACUGCAUUGACUGGGCUUCACUUGACGUCUCAAUCACAGCAAAUAUCAUUUUAUAAUGGACGUUUUUAGCCGUAGCCUAAAGCUAAGCAGGUACAGGUGUGAAUUAUGCGAUGAUGUUGAUGCAUAUUGUUUUUAUCUUUUAAUGCUUUAUAACCAAUGGCUGUAAAAUAAUGUUUUUAUUUAUGUACAAACACCCACCUCCUUUUUUAUAACAAAGAACAUGUUUGCAAUCAGAAGUGAAACUGUGCUGACACCUGUCAGCUGGCCUUGAAAACACAGUGCUAUCGCUGUACCGCAUUACUAGGUCGCCCCCUAGUGGCACCUUUAGUGUUAGCUUCCACAAAGGGAAUCUAUGGUGGAGGGCUUUUAUUUUGUAGACAGCAUUUUAUAUGGUAUUUUAUUUGUUUUUGUAGUUUUGUGUUUUACUAACAUAGAUAAUAAUAUACGGUAAAAUGCCUACAAAUGUAUUUCUCAGUGUUAAAUUCAGUUUAAUUCAAUUUAAUGAUGGCAAUUUUGCUGUACAGGCUUAGUAACUAUUAAUAUAUGUUUGGUUUAUUAAUUUUUAGGGUUAAGUCUGAGAGGGAUGCAUGCUGUGUAGCCUUGUAUUUCUACAGUUUCAGUGAAUGUAUGUUAGCAAGGAGCUCAAAAUGACACAAGUUUGGUUUACUUGAAAUAUUCAAUGCUGUGACAUCGAUUUUGGGGAUACAAGCAGCCACUAAACAGCACAAAUAUAAAUAUUAUAAUUGUAUAUUGGUAGAAAGAGGGUAUCUUCAUGGAAUACAUUAUAUAAAGGGUUCUUUGGAGCAGCGCCAUACACCAGAGGUCUUCAAAUCCCAUUUCCAGUCCUGGAUUUUGUAAUCACUGGCGGAAUUCCAGUCUAAAAUUAGAACUUAACACAAUAUUUGUUGUUGUGUUGUGGAGUGCAGUAUUGCAUCCAUCAGCCUCACUGUUUUGACAGAAUUCACAAUUAUUUUGUAUUCCUUUCGUCUUUUCAACCAUUAAUUCAUUCAUCUCACUACAUUUCCCAGCAUGCAUCAAGCAAAUACAUCAUAAAACAACUGGGACUCCCUACAACAAUAAGGAAAUCCUGAGUGCUAGCGUAGCCACUGAUGUAUAGACUAAUAAGUAGAUGUGAUGGCCAGCUAGCGGGGAAAAACAGCCUGCCCACCAAGUAUCCACCCCAGCAUGCUUGUAGUUUUUCCUCCCACCUUCAAGUUACAUCAUCAGAAGGGAGGUUUCCUAGUUUUUAAACCAGACACUCUCACAGAAUAUUGCUGGACGGCUGUAAGAGCUGGACAGGCAUGUUUACAACAGAUGAAGCCAUGGUUACAUUUUUAAAUUUUGGUUGGAGUGCCUCUUUAACUGGACGUCUGGCCAUCUAGUGUCGUACCUACCAGUGACUACAAAAUGGAGACUGGAAUCUAGAUUCAGGAUCCAGAUUUGAAGACCCCUUUUGGUUCCCUAAGGAGCCUUUCAUUGGAGUGGUCUUUAGAGCCCCCUCCACAUUUUUACUCAAGCAAAAUUGUGGCCCACCUGUGGGGCCCUGAGGACCACUGCUUGAAAGUAACAUCUUUAAGUGAGGGGUGCGAAUGUGAAGAACCUUUUUAGAACCUCUAGGUUCCAUACCAAUUAAGAUUCUUUUCUAGAACUGUAAAUCCAACAAAGAACCACUGAGGAACCACAGAAGUCACUCAUCCAAAAAUGGUCUUAUCUGCUCAGUAUACUGUUCUGUCUUUAGCUUUGCAACUCAAAUGCACUUUUCCAAACAUGGAGGAUUUUCAGGUCGUUCUCUUUCACCUUGAUUUCAAACGUGAAAACACGUGAUGACGUCAGAAACACUGCCAUUGUACAUCGUUUCCCAGCCUGUGCCUCUUCCAUAAACUUCCUUCAUGUUAUGAAUGUAGAAUGCAACGAUCAAACCACUCAGUGAUGUUUUGCGUGACAAACAAAUCCUGUUCUUGCGAAGUUUUUUGAGAUUGUACUCAGUGCAGCAGCUACAGACUGUGUUUGCAUAACUGCUAUGUAGGUUCGGAAUAACCGCAUUUGUACAUAUGACAAUAAUUUAAAUGUUUCAUAUUAAUUUCAAUGUAUUAUUUUUCAAGAGUGCAACAGUCGUCUGUCCUUUUCCAUGACCAUUCAGUUUGUUCAGGUCAGGAUGAAUUAAAAUAAAAAAAUAAAUAAAA